GUAUAAAUUUGUAUUGCUAUUUCACCCAAUCAUGUUAUUGUUAUAUUUGUCGCAAAAGUUAAACAAAAAUGGAGUCACAAAUAAAAAUGGUAAUAAUAGGAAUGAUAAUAAUAGGGUUGGGAAUGGGGAUAGUGGUAGAAGUAGGAGAAGGCGCUAGAGCUCCGGUGUUACAUGAGGUUGGAGGAAAUAGGUUUGGUUGGAGGCUUAAUGUUAACUUGUCUAAUUGGGCUGCUAAUCAACGUUUCUAUGUUGGUGAUUGGCUUUAUUUUGGAUUUGACAAGCAGAAAAUAAGUGUGCUAGAGGUGAACCAAACGGGGUACGAAAACUGCGUAGAGAAUAACUACAUAACAAACAUAACAAGAGGAGGAAGAGAUGUUUUCAAUCUGACGGUAGCAAGGCCUUACUACUUCAUCAGCGGUAGAGGUUACUGCUUUCGUGGGAUCAAGCUUGCCAUUACCGUCCAAGAUGCUCCACUGCUUCCUGCCUUACCUCCUGAUGAUUUCUCCGCAACAAAUCCUAGUACUACCCUCAUCACUUCCGCCGCCGCCACCACCACCACCACCACCACCUCCACCUCCUAUUACAAAUGGUUUAAUCACUUUCUUAUCACCAUCAUCAUCGUUUCUAUAGCUAAUUAUUCGGCCUUUUGUUAAUUAGUGACUUAAUAACCCAAGCCGUUGGAUAAUUAAUACUCCGAUAAUGUGCUAAAAUUAGGACACUGUAGUUUCCUUUCCGCAAUAUAUUGUAGUACUAAUUACCGAGUAAUGUUGUAACUCCCAUAUAUUUUGCAACAAAGUGUUUUCCGUCAAACAAAAA